AUGUCAGAUCAAAAUAAUGAAAUAGAACCACAUAUUGCAGUAUUAGUAUUAGAUACACCAAUUCCAACAAUAACUGAAAAAUAUGGAGAUUUUGGAGAUAAUACAAUAGACCUUUUAGAAAAAAAUUCACCAGAUUCAUCAAUAACACCACCAUAUAAAUUAAAAAAAUAUCAAUUAAAAAAUGAUAAUAAUGAAGAAUUAGAAAUUGUAUAUGAAAAUUUGAAAAAAGCGAUUCAAUUAAAAUUAAUUCAUGGAUUUAUAUUAACUGGAUCUGGUUGUGAUGCAUUUGGUGAAUAUAAAUGGUUAAUUCGAUUUAAAUCAUUUUUAAAAAAUGUUUUAAUUAAUUUAAAUAAACCAAUUGUUGGAAUAUGUUUUGGUCAUCAAUUAAUUGCAUUAAUUUUAGGUUGUAAAAUAGAUAGAAAUAAUGAAGGUUGGGAAUUAGGUAUAACUACAAUAAAUAUAAAUGAUGAAAUUUAUAAAAUUAAAAAUUCUCCAUUUUUAGAAUUAAAUCAAAAUAUUCAAAUUGAUAAUAACAUGGAUUCUGCUAAUAUUUUAUUUGAACAUUUAAAUUUAGUUGAAUUUCAUCAAGAUAUAAUAUAUGGUGGUAUACCUCAAGGUUUUAUAAAUUUUGGAUCAACUAGUAAAUGUUCAAUUCAAGGUAUGAUAAGUAUACCAUCUCCACCACCUACUCAAACUACUGCUUCUACUACCGCCAUCACUGAAGAAAAUAACGAACUAAUAAAAAAACCAAAUUAUAAAAUAUUAACAUUUCAAGGACAUCCAGAAUUUACAACAUCAUAUGCAUUAGAUUUAUUAAAAUAUAAAUUUGAAAAAGGUUUAUUUAAUGAAUUAACUUAUGAAAAAGCAAAAUAUCAUACUUCAAGUUUAAAUAAUCAAGGUGAUUUAAUUGGAAAAGUUAUUUGUAAAUUUUUAUAUCAAGAAGACUAG